AUGCCCAGGAUUGAAGAUGUAUACUACCCUGACAACGGUCGGCAGCUAUCGCCGCUUUCUCUCGACUUGCCACUUAGCAUCCCGGACUUGUUCAGCCCGGGGAACUCGAGGUCUCUGGUACGCAGGUCAAUGAGUAAACCCCUCGCACAAUCGAGCGCAGAUAUUCUCACACGAAUGUUCGGCUCGUUCACGUCUAUGAUGGCUCGAAAGGAGACGUUCCCACCAUUCAUCCACCCAAGAUGCUUUUCGAACAUCCCCGGCAAAGAGCAUGAGAUUCCUGAAACACUGGUAAAUUGCAUGAGCUUGUCGCGGAUGUUCGCGGAGAGAACGCCGGGAACUAGUAAGCUACUGUGGAGGACGAUAAGGAUGGAGCACGAGCGGCUGUGGUUCCAGCACGAUAGUUUCGAUAAUUGGGAGCUCCUUGCUGCCGUACAGGCGCUAGUGAUUUACACCUUGAUGCGAAUGGUGGAUGGGGAGACGGAGCACAAUGACUUCGAUGUACCGUUACUGAUAUCUGUAAACUCCAUUUGCCAGCGCCUAGCCGACCGCAUCGGCGGUGGAGAGUUCAAGAAUAUCAUGAUAUCGGAACAACAGGCCUGGCAAGAUUGGGUCUUCUAUGAAUCAAGACGCCGCUUUGUCGUCAUUGCACGGAUGUUGAACAUGCUCGUCGAAAUGGGUCAGGCCGUGACCUGCUCAUCCCUACCUGGCUUUGCGCUCGUGCCACUGCCAUCGAAGAAGGUUCUUUGGGAAGCCCCGAAUGAAGAAGUCUGGCAGAAGGAAUUCGAGUCGACGCUGCGGGCGAGAGAGAUCUUUGGUGUGACGACAGAGGGGCGAUUGGUACGGUUGAUGCAGGAUAUGAGCGGGAUUACGGCAACUAAUGCGGAGUGGGAGGAUUGGUAUGCUGGGAGUGAUGGGUUUGGAAGCUUGGUCAUGCUUGCGGCUUCGCUCCUGGGCUAG